GAAGCAGACAGGGCUGCGAUUUCUCCUCUUUAAACUUUCUUCCAGACUCCAACCUGCCAAGUGCCCAAUUACACAUUUAUAUGGAUUUUACACAAUUUCUAGAAACAUUUGGCCCCUCCGACAUGCGAUUAAUUUCCUCUGCAUGAAACACACAACACGUGGGAAUCUGCACCACUAUCACUAUCGGACGAACCUUAUAUUCCUACCCCCAAAGAGUACUUCGGAGCAAUCGCAUUCACGCUCUGACAGGUCCGAGCAACUACAAGGCUGUUCUACAGUUUCGAAGGUUGUGAACCUACAAAGGAACAACAAACCGUGCAUGUAGAUUCCAAUCACUAAUAUCACCAUUCGCAAAGAAAACUUCUAAAGGGGAAAGCAACUGGGAUUUAUAUUGUCAAGAUUCGAACACCUCGAGAUCGGCAUACUAAGAACUAGGAAGUGGGCUGGAACCGCAGAAAUUCCUUUUUCCUCGCUUGGAGAGGUAUCAAUUUUCCAAAUAAGGCGGAGAUUAGGAAAAUUGGCUUUUUAGCUGGGACAAGGCGCGUUUGUAUAGAGAGUUCUGGUACCGAUAAGUACGAGGCGUGCGAGACUAUUGAGUUCGGCUUGCGAUCCGAUCUGACACAAUAGGCACCUAGAAUCCCCUAAGAUUUCGGCGGAAAUACUACAUCGAGAAGAAAAAAGGGUCAAUCAGUCGAUUACUGCCGGCUUCCAGGUAAGCCGUCGCUACAGCUUACCUGCAUCGUACACUUUACAAACUGUUCUGCGGAAGAACGAUCGAUUUUCCCCGUUAUUCUUCUCGUGUAAUCUGUGCGGCGAGUGGAUCUCCUAUCUCUCCUGAGUCCCUACGCCCCAAACGAGAAAUAGUUUCUGACCCUUGGAUUGCAUUUUCGGGAGAUCUUGACAAGGCCGAGUAUAAUUUUGGGGGAAGCCCUUGUUGUUUUUUUGGGUACUUUUAAGACUCUAUAGAGUCAUUAUACGUCUCCGAAUCUUCGACUGACGACGAGGGCUUAGACUUCAGGGGGGAGUCAGAGAAGACUGACGGCGCUUUUCUUACGGGUGUGCGAAGAGGACUUAAGAAGCUGGGAUCUGUUUCUGGUAGCCGUGGUCGACCUUUCAAUAUUCAAACAAGCAAAAGUUCUACGCCAGACCUCUAUCCGCGCUCAGCAAGUACCGACCAAUCCUUGCUGUCGCAGAAUGAGAAGAAGCUGAGCGGUGCGAACCUCGAAAAGCCCCUCCCAACCUUGCCCACGACACCUACAUCCCCUAUCAUCGAAGACACUGCGGGAGAUCCUCCUGAUACGCCAAAAGCUUUAGAGGGUAUGUCACGACCAGUUGCGACCGAUAGUCGAGCCAGCACAUUAGAUUCUACGAGCGCUUUCCAACCCCAAUCCAGCGGUUUCAAGUCGGUCUCGGGUACAUACAAGACGGAUAUGAACAAUAGUCAAACUAGUCUUGCUACUCCUGGCAGGCAAGAUGGAGGUGAGGGGGCAGAGGAGAGUCGCGAAAAUGUUGUGACACCAAAGAGCAACGGGCCUCCGUCAGCAGCACCAUCUCCAGCACAACAACCACGCCCUUCGGUCGCAAGCGGGGCUGGUACCUCUGGAGCAACACCAUCGACACAUUUGUCAGGGCUUAUGUGCAACGUACAUCGAACUACUGGAAAAGAACCUCAUCCAUUGGUUGGUGCUACAACUACAAUUUUGGGCGAUAAGCUUUACGUAUUUGGUGGCCGGAUCCUAUCACGAACGCGCCCUUCCCUGACAGCCGACUUAUAUGAACUUGAUUUAGUACAGCGGCAUUGGACAAAGGUUGAAACUACUGGAGAUGUACCACCACCAAGAUACUUUCACAGCGUGUGCGCGCUUGGCGAUACCAAACUGGUGUGCUAUGGAGGAAUGUCUCCAGCUCCACCACAGAGCCAGGCUCAAAUGGCUGCCUCGGCGCAAAGUGGGCAGGAUACCCAGCCGGAGGUAGUCGUAAUGUCUGAUAUUUAUAUAUAUGAUGCACCAUCAAGGACAUGGAGCUUCAUACCAACGAACGAUACACCGCAGGGAAGAUAUGCUCACUGUGCCACUAUUCUUCCUUCGUCAGCAGCAUUUGCAUCUGUGAAUGCACCUUCUUCUGCCUUACAUCACAAUCCUCAAGGGCCAAAUCCUAAUCAAGGUAUUAUUGGGGUGAAUAUAGAUGGUACUGGCGGUGCCGAAAUGGUUGUUGUGGGUGGCCAAGACAGUGCAAAUCACUACAUCGAGCAAAUUAGCGUGUUUAAUCUACGGAGUCUGAAGUGGACUAGUACCCAACAGCUUGGAAAGAGUUGUGGGGCUUAUCGUAGUGUUGUGGCGCCUCUUCCAGGUCACGUCUCUGCCAAAAUAGGCAAAGCAACACCUAAUAAGCCAGAUCAUGGUGGCACUACUCCAGAUUCAAGAGAACCUGGGUCAUCAAUGCUGAUAUAUUCCAAUUACAACUUUUUGGAUGUUAAAUUAGAACUACAAGUUAGAGCUUCUGAUGGAACCUUGGCAGAAAAGCCUAUGCAUGGGUCAUUUUCGCCUCCAGGGCUUCGAUUUCCAAAUGGCGGCGUUAUAGACACCAAUUUCGUUGUCAGCGGGACUUAUCUCACUUCUUCAAAACAGGAGUAUGCAUUGUGGGCUCUUGACUUACGAACUCUCACGUGGAGUCGCAUUGAUGCUGGCGGCAGUGUUUUCAGUCAAGGAAGCUGGAAUCGUGGUGUUUUGUGGAACCGAAGGAAUACAUUUGUUAUACUUGGAAAUCGAAAGCGAAGUCUUGUGGAAGAUUAUAAUCACAGACGCAUAAAUUUCUCGAACGUCUGUAUGGUUGAACUCGAGGCUUUUGGUUUGUAUGACAAUCCUCGGAAAGCAGCACCAAUGUCGGGUUUUGUCUCAGCUAGCUCACCUUUCGCAUCUCCUUCAUUGAAUAUCAAUAGCAAAGCAGGAUGGAACGCGGGUGGACGCACACUUUCCAAAGCGGCAGAGGAAUUAGGUCAGAGUGCCUUAGCUCUUAGAGAGUUAGCCGACAUGGAUAUCCUUUGUGUUGGCGGCGAACGUAUACCAGUCAACUCUCGCAUUAUUGCAAGAAGAUGGGGACCGUAUUUCGUUCAACUACUUCGCGAGGGCACAGCAACGCAAGACGGCAACGACACCGCCACACUGCGCCCAGAAGGUGUAUUUCGACAUAAUCAAAGCAGGAAUAGCAGUCUGACUAUCACACCUAGUCUCGGUGCACAAUCCUCAAAUCUCUCUACUUCAUCAACACUGAAUAGCUCUUCCAUAUCGGAUCCCGCUUCUUUGUCUCUUCCUCCCGACUCGGCUGCUUUGCCACCUAAUUCUAGACCGCGGACACUUUACUUACCUCAUACACAACUCACGCUUCAAGCUCUACUACAUUUCCUGUAUACAUCGUCUCUUCCUCCAAACAACUCUACACUCUGCACUCCACAAAUACUCUGUAGUCUAUUGCAAUUAGCACGACCAUAUAAGAUCGAUGGGCUACUGGAAGCUGUUGUAGAGAGAUUGCAUGGCGUGUUGGACAGUAGGAACGCCGCAGCAGUUUUCAAUGCUAGCGCAAUGGCUGCUGGAGGCGGUCGCUCUACUUCAACACCAUCAGAUAUAGCAGAUCCUUGGAGUCUCAACAGACUAUCAAAUGGAGCCGAGACUCUAAUGCAACUUGGAUUGGAUAACGAAUUGGGAUAUCAUGGGCAGCAAUCUUUGCGAAUCAAUACCAGCGUAGGCAGCCUUGGAACUGGUCAAGGAGGAAGAAGACAGGACGACGAAGAAAGUAUGAGUGCGACAAGCAGUGCCGCGAGUGAUGUUAGCGGGAGUGACUUGAGUGGAAGCAUGAGUGCAUCAGAAUCUGGCAGGGUUGAAGGAGUAGGGGAAAUCUGGAGGGGUGAUAUUAGUGCAGUUAUUGGACUACAGAAGAGAGGUCUCCGAGGUUUGAUGGAAGGCAGACGACUUCGCGAGAGAGGUACGAGUGCGAGUGUGAGCGGACCUUCGUCCCAAAGAGUAGGACUCGGGGUCGGAAACAAUUAAUAUGCAAAAUAGCUAUCACGCUUUAUGAAGAUUCAUGACAAUAUUUAUUAAUGAUUGCUCUAAUAUUUGGCGUUAUCUUAUAUCUCGAAGUUCUUUCGGAUCCCUCAUCAUGGCAAAUCUAUUGGUCUAUUAUAACCA